GCGGCCGGACCUCUGCGGACUGGUGCCGGGCUGCCAGAGCGCGACCGCCUUUCCAUCCUCUCGCGGCUGCGAAAGCAGAUAAUCGACUAAACCCAACAGAAAUAAAACAAACUCAGGUUACCUAAAAGUUAGGAUACCUUUUUUUUUUUUUUUUUUUUUUCCCUUUCUUUUACGAUUUUAUUCCCUAUGUGGAAGCCGCGUGUGAUUCGUGCUCGGCACACUGCAUGGGAAGAAGCGGCUGGUGCUUUGGAUCGAGGAUUUGCUGUUGCAAAGCGGUCUAACUUCCAUGCAGUGGGGCAGCCUUCACUACUCUGAACGCCUUGAUGAUGUGCUGAGGAGCCCAUGUAGAUUGGCAUCUUGUGCAGAGAAGGCGCUGAAGCUCCUCCUGGUGUUCUGCACGAAUACUCAUUAGCCAUUCUGGAGAUGGACUUGCUGUCUGGAACCUACCUCUUGGCAGUCUUGUUGGCCUGCAUCGUGUUCCAAUCUGGCGCGCAGGAGAAGAAUUACACCGUGCGGGAAGAACUGCCCGAAAAUGUCCUCAUCGGCAACCUGCUCAAGGAUCUCAACCUGACGCUGGACCCCGACGUGCCCCUGUCCUCCCCRCUGCAGUUCAAGCUGGUCUACAAGACCGGGGACGUGCCCUUGGUGAGGGUGGAGGAGAACACGGGCGAGAUUUUCACGGCCGCCAACCGCAUCGACCGCGAGAAGCUGUGCGCCGGCAUCUCCAGCGAGAGCCGCUGCUUCUACGAGGUGGAGGUGGCUGUGCUGCCCGACGAGGUGUUCAGGCUGGUCAAGAUCAGGUUCCUGAUAGAGGAUAUAAAUGACAACGCCCCCCUGUUCCCCUCGACGGUCAUCAACAUCUCCAUCCCCGAGAACACGGCCAUCAAUUCCCGCUAUUCUGUCCCGUCRGCCAUCGACCCCGACAUCGGUGUCAACGGUAUCCAGCAUUAUGAGCUGCUCAAGCCCAAAACAGCUCCGAAAAGGACAUUUGGAUCCAUUACAAAUGACCAGGGUCAAAAUGUAUUUGGUCUUGACAUAACUGAGACACCCGAGGGGGACAAGUGGCCUCAGCUGAUUGUCCAGCAGAUCCUGGACAGGGAGCAGAAGGACACCUAUGUGAUGAAGAUAAAAGUUGAAGAUGGUGGGAGCCCGCCACGGUCCAGCACUGCCAUCCUGCAGGUGACAGUGACCGAUGUCAACGACAACCGGCCGGUGUUCAAGGAGAACGACGUCGAGGUCAGCGUGCCCGAAAAUGCCCCCGUGGGCACCUCUGUGUCACAGCUCCACGCCACCGACGCCGACCUGGGCUCCAACGCGCAAAUCCACUUCUACUUCAGCAACCAGAUCUCCAGCCUGGCCAAGAGGCUCUUUGCCAUCGAUAACACCACYGGCCUGAUCACCAUCAGGGAGCCCCUGGACAGGGAGGAGUCCCCCGUGCACAAAUUGACUGUUCUGGCGAGCGAUGGCAGCUCCACCCCGUCGAGAGCGACGGUGACUGUUAAUGUCACAGAUAUUAACGACAAUGUCCCAUCGAUAGACACCAGGUACAUCAUCAAUCCGGUGAAUGGGACUGUGCUGCUGUCCGAGAAGGCUCCCCUGAAUACAAAAAUUGCCUUGAUAACCGUCAUGGACAAGGAUGCUGAUCAGAAUGGGAAGGUGACUUGUUUCACAGACCACGAUGUCCCUUUCAGGCUAAAACCGGUGUUUGAUAAUCAGUUUCUCCUGGAGACGGCCACGUUUCUGGACUACGAAGCGACGCGGGAGUACGCCAUCAAAAUAGUGGCUUCAGAUUCGGGGAAACCUCCCUUGAACCAGUCUGCAAUGCUGCUGAUCAAAAUUAAAGAUGAAAAUGACAAUGCCCCCGUUUUCACACAGCCUAUCAUAGGCCUUUCCAUCCCCGAAAACAACGCUCCUGGUACUCAGCUGACCAAGAUAAGCGCCACGGAUGCCGACAGCGGGCGGAAUGCCGAGAUCAGCUACAUCCUGGGCUCCGACGCGCCCCCGAUUUUCAACCUSGACCGCCGCACGGGCAUCCUGACGGCAGUGAGAAAGCUGGACAGAGAAAAGCAGGACAGGUACUCUUUCACUGUGCUGGCCAAGGAUAACGGGAUGCCACCUUUGCAGACCAAUGCCACGGUGACGGUGUCAGUCCUGGACCAGAAUGAUAACAGCCCCGCUUUCACGCAUAAYGAAUACAAUUUCUACGUGCCAGAGAACCUGCCCAUGUACGGCACCGUGGGGCUUAUCACGGUGACGGAUGCUGACGCGGGGGACAACGCUGCAGUCACGCUGUCCAUCGUAAAYGGUAGAGAUAAUUUCAUUAUAGAUCCCCUCACUGGUGUGAUUAGACCUAAUAUYACCUUUGACAGGGAGCAGCAGGGGUCGUACACAUUCCAGGUGAAAGCGGUGGAUGGAGGAAGACUGCAGCGCUCYUCAACGGCCAAGGUGACCAUCAAUGUUGUUGAUGUAAAUGAUAACAGGCCUGUUUUUGUUAUCCCCUCAUCCAACUAUUCCUAUGAGCUGGUGCCAACAUCAGCCAGCCCRGGGUCUGUGGUCACUAAAGUGUUUGCUGUUGACAAUGACACGGGAAUGAACGCAGAGCUCCGCUACAGCAUCAUAGGCGGGAACUCCAGGGGCUUGUUCACCAUUGACCAAUUAACGGGCAACAUUACUCUGAAGGAGAAGGUAAUCACAUCAGAUCAUGGCUUGCACAGACUGGUGAUAAAAGUGAAUGACCUGGGGCAGCCUGAGUCCCUUUACACCAUAGCUCUGGUGCACUUGUUUGUGAACGACACCGUCACCAACAGCUCYUACGUGCAGGAGCUGGUGCGUAGGAACAUGGAAACUCCCGUUGGGCAGAACAUUGGGGACGGUGAGAUAACCCCACAGACCAAUGAUUACGUCAAGAUCAUCAUUGCCAUUAUUGCAGGCACCAUGACGGUUAUCCUGGUCAUUUUUGUUACCGCCUUGGUCCGSUGCCGCCAGACUCCCAGGCACAAGGUCGUCCAAAAAAAUAAGCAGAGUGGUGAAUGGGUUUCCCCAAACCAAGAGAACAGGCAGAUCAAGAAAAAGAAGAAGAAGAAGAAGCGCUCUCCAAAAAGUCUCCUCCUCAACUUUGUGACUAUCGAAGAAUCUAAGCCUGAUGAUCCUGGCCACGAGCACAUAAAUGGCACUUUAGACAUUCCCGUAGAGCUGGAAGAACAGACUAUGGGAAAAUAUAACUGGGCCACCACACCAACCACAUUUAAACCYGACAGCCCGGAUUUAGCAAAGCACUACAAGUCUGCUUCUCCGCAGCCUACCUUUCAAAUUAAACCUGAGACUCCUGUACCCCCCAAGAAGCACCAUGUCAUUCAGGAAUUGCCUCUAGAUAACACCUUUGUGGUGGGCUGUGACUCACUUUCCAAGUGCUCAUCCAGCAGCUCGGACCCUUACAGUGUUUCUGAAUGCAGCUGUCAAGGAGGCUUCAAGACCCCAGGCCCCAUACACACCAGACAGCUCUGAACGCCAUCGCAUCUGAUGUUAUGUACUGAAGUCGUACGUGUACUCAAUGAUGUUAAGCCAGCAAAUAUGAAAACAAGGAAAUAGCACGAGAAAGCCCUUUGUCCUGUCUCUGGUUGCCGAAGAAAUUUAUCGUCUCAUCUCCAGAGGGGUUUGGAAGUGACGAUGAACUGUCCAAGCUGCCCUACUGAAAGGUAUCAAGGGCAAGAAUUUUUUUAAAAGGAAAAAGACAAAGAAGUUUUAGUACGUUGUGCUAUAGUGUUCUAUAACGUAGUUUUGCUAAGAAAGAAAAAAAAAAAGUAAUGUGACCCAUCCUUCUUCACGGUUGGUGAUUAUGGUAAAUUUAUUUUGCUUGUAAUCAUCUUCUUGUCCCAGAUUUUUUCCUUAUUUAUUUUAGUUGGAACAAUUAGGAAUUUUGUUUCUAUGAAUAUAUUAAGAGGGAGCAAUAAAUUUUAUUCAUAUGUUAAAAAGAGAAUGUAAAGUUCUUUAUACUCCCUGCAUUUAAAAGAAAAACAAAUGAGUUGUUGUCACUUAUAGCACCAUUGUACAUGUUAAAAAUUAAGUGUUAUUUAUAUCUAUUCCAUAAGAUUUUUAAUGAUGAUAUUGCUGCUAUUGAUCAUAAAUAGAAAUGAUCAAGUCACUGCUUUCUCAUUUUCUAGACACAAUAGUAGUAGUGAAAAACUAGUACUUCCUGCUUUCUUAUCCACACCAUUUUGUGAUAAAUGGUCACCUUUUAAAUAACUGGAAAGCGUUCACCUAACUUUUAAAAAGCAAAUUUAAUUUGCGUUUUGCUUGCUGAAGUCUAGAUAAUGUCUAUUUAACAGGUGCCAAACAUUUAACCUUUUGAAAUAUUUUUAUUUAAAAAAAAAGUCAUAAAUCCAGUGGCUUGGUUUUCAGUGUCAUAAAAUAGGAAAUAGUAUACUUAAUUUUUACACUGUUAGCCAGCACAUGGGGGGGGGAGGAGGAGGAAAUGGCCUACUGUUGUUUGUUUUUUUCCCCCAAAUUAUUCUUCUCUAUAUUUUUUUUAAUUAAAGUCUUUUAUAUUAUAAUUUGUUAUUUAGCACAGCUCAUUGAAAAGAAUGAAACUUGAGUAUCAUAGCUUUGUUUGAAGGUUGGUUGCAAGUUCUUGUAUAUUGCCUCACAUUUUAGGGCRUAAUGCUUAAUAUGUAUCAUCUAUAAUAUUAGAAUUUCAUAUGCAAUGCAAAAUCUCUUARGAAGCAAAGGAGUAUAAAGAACCCUGUUUUCUGCACUUAUAUGAAGACAUGUAAUAUUAGUUUGCUAGAAUAAAAUGAAGUACAGACACUGCUUUUAACUGGGAUGUAUACAGUAUAUAUAACUUUCUUUGAAAGAAAAAGUUAWUAAUGAUUCAUGAAUUAGCCUAUGACAUGGAAUUCUUACACAUUACUGUAUGUUUGAUGUAAAGAUAUUUAUAGGCUUGUACUUAAUAAUCACGUUGCCUCAGUUCUUGGACUGCAGAAUGUCUACCAUGACUGUUGCCUAUAGUUUGCUCCACAUUUGCUAUCUGGCUCUUUUAAAACAAACAAAAAAAAAGUGUAUUUGGCUAUUUGAUCUGUAAAAUAAAUUCUAUUAAUAAUGAAGUACGUAUUGUAAUUUAGCAUAUUGUAUUGCAUAAUUAUAUCUAUGACUGUUACAGAAAAAGCUUUCAUUUCCGACAAUGAAAUCAUUUUCUUGGGAAGAAGUUCAUGUAUCUGUAAGACAGUUUUGCUGUUCCUAUUUAUUCGUAGCCUUGCAGCAUUUAUGCUCCAAACUAAAAACCCCCARCGCUUCCAGUGGUGAGAUGUGCAGUGGUGACAUUUAUUGACUCAGUGCCACAGUUCAGCCAGGUGAAAGCUCAUUCCCAGCCCAGUCAGGGAUUUAUUCCAGAAGUUGUGUUUGGUCCUGCCUGGUGCGGCUGCAGUUGUUCAUGCUUCCUAGGUGGGUGAUGGGAAGAUUAAAAUUUUAAAAGGAAUAAAAUAACCCUUGGGCCUAAUUGAGAGUGGUUUUCCAGGCAGACAGGAUGAUCUCACAGAAUUUGAGUUUCUUUUUCUUUCUUUGAAUCUUUGGAUUUCUCUCCUUACGAGAAAUAUGUUGGAUUUCCUUUCCGAGAAAACUCCUCUACGUAAAUUUAACGUUUCAUUAAGAGAAGCACCAAAUAAUUUCAAUGCUUACAUUGAAACAUUUCUUUUUAAAAUCCAGGRAUACCGAGUGGAGAUAAUGUAAUUUAGUCAGCCCACGUGAUCAUGUAGUUGCCCUCAUGUUUUUUCUCUGGUAGUAACAAGGCAUAGACAGGCUGUAGCAGGUUAUUUUGAUUUUAGGAGUGCAUMCCCUCUAGAAGUGCCUACUUUCGUACACUGAGUAUGAAGAGAACCUUUGAUAAGUACCUUUCUCAUGCCAGAUGUGCCAGUUAUAUGCUUUCAGAGAAAAAAAAUGUUUCAUUCCCAGUUCCUUUGCUUUUAACUUAGCUAAAGCUCUAAUAUUUACCUAGAACCACAUUGCUCUUAUCAUUCUAGUCUACCAAUACAUAAUUAUAGAAGAAUCUAGGGCGAUAUUAAAAUUUUCAGAAGUUUCAUGAUGAAAUAAAAGGUGCAUCACGUGGUUUAGCUGUGGGUCCRAAUCAGUAAUCCUCUGGUUCUCUCRUGAGUCAGYCCAGCCAAAUAUGAUAAYCUUCCAAAUGAGAAAGCCAGAAACCUCUUAAGUGGCUCARUUUCAUGUGUUUUCUCUGUU